CACUUGUUAAUCUUCCAACCAUCAUCACAUAAACGACAAGAUGGGAAAGAGGAAACAAACAAAGAAAUUCGCUUUGGUGAAGCGGAUGCUCAAUCCAUCAGAUCAGAGACUAAAGGAGAAUCAAGUGAAAGAAGCAGCAAAGAAGAAAGCAGCCGAAGAAAAAGCUGUCAAACAUGUCACUCCAGCCGCAUCCUCCAUGUUCUUUCAACAUAAUACAGCUUUAGGACCACCUUAUCGUGUUUUGGUUGAUACCAAUUUUAUCAACUUCAGCUUACAAAAUAAAAUUGAAUUGGUUCAAGGAAUGAUGGAUUGUUUGUAUGCCAAAUCGAUUCCAUGCAUCACGCAAUGCGUCCUUGCCGAAUUGGAAAAGCUUGGUCCCAAGUAUCGAAUCGCAUUACGUGUAGCCAGAGAUCCGCGAUUUGAACGAUUACCAUGCACGCAUAAAGGUACAUACGCAGAUGAUUGCAUCAUCGAUCGGAUCAACACACACAAAUGCUAUAUGGUGGCCACUUGUGAUCGUGAAUUAAGAAGGAGGGUACGUAAAGUUCCAGGUAUUCCUCUCAUGUAUAUUGCUCAACAUCAAUAUCGCGUUGAACGUUUACCCGAUGGUGGAAUGCCAUCGUAGUCGCAUUCUUGAUGGGCAACAUUUCUCGUUUCAUUUGUAUCAUAUAUUCAAGCAUCCAAUAGAUUACUGUGUCCAUCCUUAAUUGGAGACCGCUCAAUUCGCAUACAAAGAGGCGCCACAGCCUCCGAACAAAGGAUU